CAUGAAUUAAUAAUUAAGCUCAUAAUUUUUAACACGGACGAUAAUUUUAGUACCGUAUCUCUUUUCAUGUUACGAAUCCGGUAUAUUUCAUAUUAAUAUCGCGCGCUCAUUUGAAAAGUAGAACAGAGAGCUCGAUAAUCGCGUGAGAAAUCUGCCAAAAGAUUUGCCACGAAAUCGAAGAAGCUUAUCGGCUUUGUCAAAAGGUACGGCAAGUAAGACGGUGUGUUUCGUUUGACGUUCCGAAGAGAAAAAGGGCGGGCGGGGUUCUUCAUAAUUCAGAGACGGUGCCGCUGUGAAAGUGCCGUAAAGUCCGACUCGGAGUAUCUUUCUCCCUCCGGCCGUGCUCUGUCGCGCGGCCUAAAAAUUUUUCAUAGCCGCCAUAAAGGAGCGGGUGGCGCGCCACGGUUACGAGAAAUAUCGAGGGCUGACGCUUCCUCGCCUCUUCGCGGCGAGCGAGUACGUAACGCGGAUUGCGUAGAAGAGAGAGAGAAAGAGAGGGAGAAAGAUCGGUCGGCUGCCGUGUGGAUAGAUCACAUAGGAGUCGUGCGGCACGACUUUGGAGCAGCUCCAGCCGAGUGGAGCCGAUGUUGGCCGAGCGACGCCGAGCACGGCUGAACGCGGCAACGCGCGUCAGAGGGUAACAGUCGUGCCGCGGCCUCCAACGAGGGAGGUCUAUGCAAUCGUCGUUCAUUGUCGCUCAGUGCAUCCAGUCAGUCCGCGACGCGUGCUCCUUUUGUCUUUGGCGAUUCAGAGUUUGAUCAACCGCGGCUCGAUCAUGUUGUGACGGAUGUGCAGCGGUGUGUCGCGUCGCGUCUGCAAUUGCUCUCCGACGAGAAUGUACGCGCGAUAGCUCCCAGCUACGUCGACUCCGAGCAACAGAUGUGACCAUCGUACGCGUCUCGUUCUUUAUAUUUAGUUGACCAAGAUUUUCUCAGUUGGUAACUCGCGCACGCACGACGACGCUCCGAAUUCGGACAGCCGCAGUGUUGCAUUCCUCGUUAAGAAGCGUCGUAACAAUAACAACGCGCGACGAACCUCGGGAUGUGCCGCCGAUGAGAGAUAAGAAACGUUUAAAUGGCGUAGAUAACGUGAUCACCAGAUGCUCAGGGAAAUGAGAAAAAUCUUGUAAAAUUUGCGUCAUCAACGAGACUCGUUCGUCGUUCGAAGGACUUACCUGCAACUUAAGGGCAUCGGAUUAUACAGAGGGAGUAAAAGGCGGCGGAAACAGAAUUCCUUUGUCCCUUGAAGCAGCGCGGAAGAAGAAGAAGGAACGAGGAGAGAGGCUACAAGAGAGAGAGUAAGAGAGAGAGAGAGAGAGAGCAAGCUGAACGCGCAAGCAACACGCGGUCGAAUUUCUAUCUUGGAGUGUACCUGCCACAGGAACAGGACAAGGACGGCGAGUGAACCGAGAGGAAGGGAGCGAGAGAAAGAUAGAGAAAGAGAGACGCUUUACACACGCCGGUGAACGGCCGUCGUUGUCGUUGCCAGCGGCAAAGGGCAACAACCACGUUGCGGCCGGAGACUCUACCUUCUUUUUCUACUCAAGGCCAGAGCGUCGCGGUCCACGCGGCGGUCCUUUGUAAGUUUUGUCAGGGCCCGGAUUGGACAUACCGGCGGUGGAGUGACAGUUUUCGUGCGCGAAAUGUUCCGAAAUUGGCGGAGGUAGAGCGGACCGCGAGGAUCACGUUUCUCGACAGAUCGAGAGAAGGAGGAGUGAGAGCGAAACGGGGAGCGCGACAAGGAUAGUGAAAAGGUGUUUUUAUUUUUCUGUGAGCAUGCAGAGGCAGAGGCUACUACCGGACGCCAUGACAACGAUAGUUAGGGCAGCUGUUCUCGCAGCUGUCCUGGGACAGCUUCUGGGUCCUAGCGCGGCCACCAGGCCCGCCGGCGCUCACCCCGGGCACGCGUAUUUCGAGCAACCGUGCUGCGGACGUUCUCACCUCAGGCAUCACAAAGAACACGUGCGGGAAUUCAGCUGCGGCACGCUGUACUACAGGACGCUCUACCUGGACAGUAAGAGGGACGCCCUGUACGUCGGGGCUAUGGACAAGAUCUUCAGGCUAAAUCUGAGUAACAUCAGUCAUUCCAACUGCGAGAGAGAUGCUCUAAAUUUGGAACCCAGCAACGUGGCGAAUUGCGUGUCGAAAGGCAAAUCGGAGCAUUUCGACUGCCGAAACCAUAUAAGAGUGAUACAGCCGAUGGGAGACGGCAAUCGGCUUUACAUGUGCGGGACGAACGCGCAUUCACCCAAGGACUGGGUGAUUUACAGCAAUCUGACUCACUUACCACGCCACGAGUUUGUCCCGGGGGUGGGAAUGGGCAUCGCAAAGUGUCCUUAUGACCCUGCGGACAAUUCGACGGCGGUCUGGGUCGAGAAGGGCAAUCCCGGAGACCUGCCAGCUCUUUAUUCCGGUACGAACGCCGAGUUCACCAAAGCCGAUACUGUAAUCUUUCGUACGGAUCUCUACAAUCUGACUACCGGUCGCAAGGCGUUCAGCUUCAAGAGGACACUCAAGUAUGACUCCAAGUGGCUCGACAAGCCGAAUUUCGUGGGCUCGUACGAUAUCGGCAGCCACGUGUUUUUCUUCUUCCGCGAGACCGCGGUCGAGUACAUAAACUGCGGUAAAAGUGUGUACUCCCGUGUGGCGAGAGUUUGCAAGAGGGACACUGGCGGUAAAAAUAUACUCGCGCAGAAUUGGGCCACAUACCUCAAGGCCAGAUUGAAUUGUUCGAUACCCGGCGAGUUCCCGUUUUAUUUCAACGAGAUACAGAGCAUUUAUAAGGUGCCGGGUGACGACACGCAUUUCUAUGGUACCUUUACCACAUCGACGAACGGGCUAAUGGGCUCCGCGAUAUGUUCCUUCCACAUUGACGCCAUCCAAGAGGCUUUCCGCGGAAAGUUCAAAGAGCAGGCAACUAGCAGUAGCGCAUGGCUACCGGUCUUGUCUAACAAAGUACCAGAACCGCGUCCGGGCCAAUGUGUCAACGACACAGAGACGUUGCCGGACACCGUCCUGAAUUUCAUAAGAUCCCAUCCGCUGAUGGACUCGGCGAUUUCGCACGAGAACGAGAAGCCAGUCUUCUACAAGCGGGACGUCAUGCUCACGCGAUUGGUCGUCGAUAAGCUGCGCAUCGACUUCGUGGGGAUCGAUUUGGAUUAUACAGUCUACUACGCCGGCUCCAGCGAUGGUCGCGUUCACAAGGUUGUACAAUGGAUCGACAGUAACGGCGAGUCCCAGUCGAUCUUGCUGGAUGUUUUCGAUGUCACACCGGGCGAACCCAUACAAGCGAUGGAGAUCUCGAAGGAGCACAAGGCUCUCUACGUGGCAUCGGAUCAUCGGAUAAAGCAGAUCGAUCUGGUAAUGUGCACUCGGCGAUACGACAAUUGCCUGCGGUGUGUCCACGAUCCGUACUGCGGAUGGGAUAAGGACACAAACAUGUGUAAACCCUACGAACCAGGUCUUCUUCAAGACGUGUCGAACACCACGGCGGACGUUUGCGACAGCAGCGUCGGCAAACGGAAACUCGUUGUCACUUGGGGCCAGUCGGUGCACCUGGGUUGCUUCGUGAAGAUGCCGGAGGUGCUAGCGAACCAGGAGGUCCGGUGGUACCAUUACAGUAAAGAGAAGGGAAGGUACCAGAUCGCGUACAAGUACGGCGCCGGCGGCGACAAGUUCAUCGAGACCUCGGAGAAGGGUCUGGUGAUCGUCGGCGUGAACGAGCAGGACGCCGGUAGAUACGACUGCUGGCUCGGCGGCGCACUCCUGUGCUCGUACAACAUCACCGUGGACGCGCACAGAUGUUCGGCGCCUGCCAAGUCCAAUGACUACCAGAAAAUUUAUUCGGACUGGUGUCACGAGUUCGAGAAGUACAAGUCGGCGAUGAAGAGCUGGGAAAGAAAGCAAGCGCAAUGCGCCUCGAGGCAGAACGACAGCAAUCAGAAUCUACACACGAACGAGGUGUACGGCACGCCCCUCGUCUGAUGGAGCCGAUCGUUGGGUCCAUCGUCGAGCCGAGAUUACGAUGACACGAUGAUACGCAUAAGCGUCCCGCCGAGGAAUCGCGGCUGGACCACGACCGGUUGGAUCGGCCUGGCUUUCUUGUUGGCCGGUCACGCUACCGCGCUCGGCCCGCUGGUCACUCGAGGACUUUUAAGUGACUGAGGCCGAUCCGCGAUUCGCGAACCGGUGGACUAAAUAUAUGCGUGCGAUCGAUCGUGCAUAUCGCGUGCUGUCCACGUGCCACGGUGCCCGAGAGCCUCUCGUUGGCGCUACCGAUCGCGAGUGACUAUCGAGUUUAUUGGCGGUCGGUGAUCCGCGAGAACAUUCCAGUUCCGUUCUCGUCGCGCACCCGACUUUCCGUUACG